GUGGCGGACUCAUCGCCUGCUCAUCAAAACAAAAACAUCCCUCGGCUUGUUGUCGCCUGCUUGUUGAGCGUUUCAGAAACAUGACAGCGACGUUAAUAUAACCGCCAGACGAUGAAGAUGAAUUAGCGGAGAGCGCGGAGUCCAGCGGCUGGUUCUCUUUAGCUUUAAACAGCUAGUGCUAACGUUACAUUAGCUGGUUAGCUCAGUUAGCUCGCAGCUCGCCCUCUCCAUGGCGUCCUCAGCGGGACUCCCACCUCUCGGCCCGGACCGUGCUGCUUCAUCCUCCGGGCCUCUCUCCGGCGGGAGGCCGCCUCUCCGCCCCCAUCACCCCCAUCCGGCUCACUCCACCCCGGGCUGUGUGAUGGUGGAGUCGGUGGACGACGCGGAGGGUCUGUACGUGGCGGUGGAGCGGUGCCCCCUGUGCAGCACCUCCCGCCGCAGGCUGACGUGUGCCCGGUGCGUCCAGGCCGGAGACUUCGUGUACUUCGACGGGAGGAACACUGAAAGAUACAUUGAAAAGUUGGAGCGGCUGAAGAAGCUGAAGGAAGAGAAGGAGCAGCUGCAACAAAGAGUCCUUCAGACCAUGGACAGGAACCUGCAGGCUGAUGAGAUGAAAUGGAAGAUCAUGUCGUGUAAGAUGAAGAUCGAGCAGCUGAAGGAGGCGGUCGCCGGGGGCAACGAGGAGGUGAAGAGCGAUAAGGACCUCCUCCUGCGCUCUCAGGAGGAGAGUCAGCGGCUGCAGCGUCGGGCCGGACGUCACCAGGAGAAACGGGAUAAAAUCGAGCGUCACAACCGUCGCCUGGGGGAGCUGCUGGAGAGACGCAGCCGGGAGCUGCAGAGCAGACUGAGUCAGCUGGCUGCUCUGAGACGAGAGCACAUCCUGGAGCUCACCACCCACAUCUUCCCCACGCAGGAGGAGAAACAGGGCAGCAGAGACCCCGCGGAUGUGGUGGCGGAGUGCGACCCCGCGUUGACCUCCAGCACGGUGAGCGAGCUGGCCGAGGCUCGGAGGACCACCUACCUGUCAGGACGCUGGAUCUGGGACGACCAGAAUGGAGAGACCAGCAUCAGCAUCACCGGACCCCCCGUCACCCUGCCCAGCAACGGAGACUGCUCCGCCUACUACAGCUGGGUGGAGGAGAAGAGCACCAAUCAGGGCCCAGAGUUGGACCACAUCAACCCGGCUCACACCAUCAGCGCCGCUCUCUGCUACGCCACACAGCUCGUCACCAUCCUGUCUCACAUCCUGGACGUCAACCUGCCCAAGAAGCUCUGCAACAGUGAGUUCUGUGGAGAGAAUCUGAGCCGAUACCGCUUCACCAGAGCUCUGAGCAAACUCAACACCAACAUCCUGCAUCUCUGCUUCUCACAGCAUGUAGACAGUGAGAAGCUCCACCCCCAUCACACUCUGAGGAACAUCAUGUUUCUGGUUUCCCCUGACAACGACAACCUGGGCAGGACGGGUCCGUUCGAGGUGAGCGCCGACCUGGAGGAGUCGAUGGAGUUCGUGGAGCCGGAGGCUGCGGGGCCGGCGGAGGAGAGCGGAGACGAGGCGGUGACGGACGAGGAGACGGACCUGGGGACGGACUGGGAGACGGUGCCCAGUCCACGAUUCUGUGACAUCCCAUCGCAGUCCAUGGAUCUUUCCCAGAGUGCAUUGCAGGUUUCCCAGCCCUCUGCGAACACUGGAGGGAUGAUCUCGUCUGCCGCUGCCUCCGUCACCUCCUGGUUCAGAGCUUACACCGGCCAGCGCUGAUCAGGCCGGACUCAACUGGACCAGAAUGGAACAUGAACCGGACCGGACCGGUUCAGAUCUGGACUCCUGGAGGUCUCAGACUUUUGCCUGGUUUGAAGAAGACUGGACUGGUCUGAAAGGUCAGAGGUCAGCAGGUCGAUGAGACCUGGAGCUCUGAACGGCCAAUCACAAAUCAGAUUGUUACGUUUUACAAUCUUUGAUCAGACGACACUAAACACACAACUCUUUCAGCCCCCGUCGAUCACGAUCGAUCAGUAUGUAAACGUGUAACAAGUGUUUUAUAACGUCGCUGCAAGCAGAUACGUGUUUAUUAAUGUGUUGACUGUAACUACCGCUGAUCUGAGAUCAGCCGUCACAGCUCACUCAGUGAGAAACUCCACGACAGAACAAAAGUAAACUUCUGAGUCUGAACUCGACCGAAGAUCAUCGAUCAGUCAUCAAGAUCAGCUCCAGCAGAGUCACAUUCUGCAGCUAAGCCGAUCAGCAGAAAUUAUUGAUCUGACGUGAGUGAAAGUUUAUUAGUUUUGAAUCAGGACCUUCAGUAAUGAGAUCAAGUAGCUGCUGGUGCGUCAGAUUUCGUAUCUACAGCUGUGCUCAGUGUGUCGGUACCUGAUAGAAUUAGUUAAUAUUAGAAUCAGGUUCAGCAUCUGCAGAUAAUCAAUACGAAAGGACUCAGGACAUCGAUGACUCCUCCUGUAGACGGAGCGGAGGCUGCAGUAUUAACGGAUGAAUAACUCGGUAAAACACAGCAGUAAUAAUAUAAAAUGUCGUCAGUUCAAAUUGUUGUCAAUAAACAUUAAUAAACGCUAAAUGUCCGUAUCUGCUUCAGCUGCGUUAGAGUUUAUAAACCAUUUAUUACAUGUUUGUAAUGCGAGGUUAAAGUCAAGCCUUCGCUUUACUUCUUCUUGCUGUGGCGCUGUAAUAUUCUACCUGUCGACCUGCCAGCCUGUCUGUCUGUCUGUCUGACUGUCUGACUGUCUGACUGUCUGUCUGACUGUCUGACUGACUGUCUGACUGACUGUCUGACUGACUGACUGUCUGUCUGACUGACUUGACUGACUGACUGUCUGACUGACUGACUGACAGUCUGUCUGUCUGACUGUCUGACUGACUGUCUGACUGACUGACUGUCUGACUGACUGUCUGACUGUCUGUCUGACUGUCUGACUGACUGUCUGACUGACUGUCUGACUGACAGUCUGUCUGACUGACUUGACUGACUGACUGUCUGACUGACUGACUGACAGUCUGUCUGUCUGACUGUCUGACUGACUGUCUGACUGACUGACUGUCUGACUGUCUGACUGACAGUCUGUCUGACUGUCUGACAGUCUGUCAGUCUGUCUGUCUGUCUGACUGACUGACAGUCUGUCUGACUGACAGUCUGUCUGACUGACAGUCUGUCUGACUGUCUGACUGACAGUCUGUCUGUCUGACUGUCUGACUGACAGUCUGUCUGACUGACUGACUGUCUGUCUGUCUGUCUGCUCGCCACAAAGGGAAAGUUUCUGGUUUCAUUUUUUAAAAUUUGUUUUUGUGCAUUUUUAUUUGCGUGUGUGAUGACAGACGUAAAAACAAACUGCUGAACGCUGCCGUGAUUACGGCGGCGCUAACUAACAAACAGUGGUUGCCAUGGUGAUAACGGACCUGUUUACAAACCUGAACUCGGUGGAGAGAAUCGGACGCACGACGAGACGCCAUUCACACUGGACAACAAAUCAGAAACCAGACUGAAUCUGGUUCAGUCUGGUUUUCUUCAGGGGGGGAAAAGUCUUUCUGGAGCGUCACGAGGAACCGAAACUGUCCACUGAAGCCAAGAAGGACAACAAAUCCAGUCAGACCAGAUUCAGGUUAAUAAACUGCUGCGAUGUAUCAGGUGUGGCUGUGCAACUAGACGUGUGUCAGGGUUCAAACACCCGACGUCAAACCAGUGUGAAACGCAUCAGUUCAGUUUAGCAUGUGACUGUUUCUUCGAACCAAAAUCAGUCGGGUGAGGUGAAGUGAGCGUUGAGAUGAGAACCCGUUUUCCUUCCUGUUAAAGGAGCCAACCAUGUUUUUAAGGAUGUGUGAAAGUUUCUGUGCUGCCAUGAAAAGGUUUGAUCUGAAAUAAAAUGCUGUUUUCUGGUUUUGGA